AUGAGUGCAACUGUCAAAGCAAUCCGGGUCCACCGGUCGCGCCGGAGCUUCCUACGGGCCGAGCUCGCGGCUCCGCGCCGCCCGCCAGCCCGCCGAAAGAGGCUGACGGCGCCCAGCCCGGCGCGGCCGGCGCGCCUCCGACCAUCCCGACGGAGCCCGCGCGGGCGCUACGGGGCGAGCGGCGUCCGCGCGGUCCUACCGCCCGCCUCCGCGGCGCUCCCGCGCCUCCCCGCCGCUCCCGCGCCCCCCCCACCCCCCCAACACUUUACCCAGAAUCAUGUCCAUUUUUUCCUUUCUCCGAACCCAAGCAAACUUUUUAUUCUAGACCUAAAACUCCCAUUUUCAAUAGAAUCUUUUUGUUCCCUCUCUCCGAACCCAAGCAAACUUUAUUCUAUACUUAAAAACUCCCAUUUUCAAUAG